AUUUUAAGUGGCAAAGUAGAGAUGUCGAAAAAAGAGAAGGCCCACAUUAAUAUCGUUGUUAUCGGUCACGUAGACGCCGGGAAGUCAACGACAACCGGUCAUUUAAUAUACAAAUGCGGUGGUAUUGAAAAGCGUACCAUUGAGAAGUUUGAGAAGGAAUCAAUGGAGCAAGGGAAGGGUUCUUUCAAGUAUGCGUGGGUACUUGAUAACUUGAAGGCAGAAAGAGAUCGUGGUAUUACGAUAGAUAUUUCCCUGCACACAUUCGAAACCAACAACUAUAGAUGCACCGUCAUCGAUGCACCCGGUCACCGUGAUUUCAUUAAGAACAUGAUUACUGGUACAUCUCAGGCCGACGUCGCCAUUCUUGUGGUCAGUGCUGUGUCCGGAGAAUUUGAGGCUGGUAUUUCCAGCAAUGGGCAAACCAAGGAGCAUGCGCUGUUAGCGUACACUCUAGGUGUGAAGCAGAUGAUUGUCGCUGUUAACAAAAUGGAUGAGAAGACUGUGAAUUUUGGAGAAAAGAGAUAUACUGAAAUUAAGGAUGAAGUGUCGAAGGAGUUGAAGCGAAUUGGGUAUAAACCAGAUACUGUGCCAUUCAUCCCCAUUUCUGGGUGGAAUGGAGACAACUUGUUCUCUGACCGUUCUGACAAGCUUGCUUGGUACAAGGGUCCCACUCUUUUCGAUGCGUUGGAUGCUCUUAAGGUUCCAAAACGUCCUACGGACAAGCCUCUACGUCUCCCUCUUCAGGAUGUCUACAAGAUUGGUGGUAUCGGAACAGUGCCUGUCGGUCGUGUCGAAACUGGUGUUUUGAAGACUGGUAUGAACGUGCUGAUUGCGCCGGUUGGAAUAGUGACUGAAGUCAAGUCGAUCGAAAUGCAUCACGUUGCAGUACAAGAAGCUGCUCCCGGUGACAACGUCGGCUUUAACAUCAAGAACGUUUCUAUCAAGGAUAUUCGUCGAGGGUAUGUCGUUUCCGACACAAAGAACGAUCCCGCCAGUGGAGUCGAGGACUUCACUUCGCAGAUAAUCGUCUUGAAUCACCCAGGACAGAUUGGACAAGGGUACACUCCCGUGCUCGAUUGCCACACUGCACACAUUUCGUGCAAGUUCGUGGAACUAAUAUCGAAGGUCGACAAGCGAUCUGGAGCUGACCUUGAGUCUCAUCCCAAGUUCAUCAAGAAGGGUGAUGCUGCCAUCGUGCUACUGAAACCGUCUAAACCCAUGUGCUGCGAGCCCUUCUCUGCCUACCCACCUCUUGGGCGCUUUGCAGUGCGUGAUAUGCGUACUACAGUUGCAGUAGGCGUUAUCAAGGCAACCACAAAGAAAGAGCCUACGAAGGCAGGAAAGCCCGGCGCUGCCAAGUCAAAGAAGUGAAUUGAAACAAGAUAAAAAUUUUGUUAUGCUCUUUCACUAAAUUUGUUUUUUCGUAUUUUUUUUCG